AUGGCUGUAGAAGAAUUACCUUCCGUCGCAACACCAGGAAAGGUUCUCGGCCCGACCUCAAAAUACAUCUCUGGCCUAGGCACACAUAUCCACGAGGGGAACGUCGUGUCCUCCCUUCUCGGCAAAGUCGACGUGACAACGCCUGCCAAGGCUCCCGGACCUGCGAAACGACUAAACAAGAUUACAGCUCCCGCACCCGAAGAGCUCCCAACCAUUUCCGUGGCGAGACACGGCCGCAAACGCGAGAUCCUGCCUGACGUGAAUAAUGUCGUCUUGGCACGUGUGGUGCGACUGAUGCCGAAGCAAGCCAUUGUUGUAAUUCAGCAAGUCGGCAACACCGUUCUCCAGACGGAAUGGCAGGGCGUCAUUCGCGUACAAGACGUUAGGGCCACGGAAAAGGAUAAAGUCAAGAUUUAUGAAUCAUUUAAACCCGGCGAUAUUGUCAAAGCACAAGUGAUAUCUCUUGGAGACCAAGCGAAUUACUACUUGUCGACAGCAGCGAACGAGCUUGGAGUUAUUAUGGCCACGAGCGAGGCUGGAAAUGACAUGGUGCCUGUGAGCUGGAAGGAGUUUAAGGACCCAGAGACAGGAUUAAGCGAGCUGAGGAAAGUGGCUAAGCCUACUUGA